AAACGCGUCAAAGAUCGUUUCCAAAAAGGCUUCGGGAGACGUUUGGAGAAUAUCGAUCCCGGGCGAUAUGUGGAUGCGGAGUUCGAGAAAUUCUAUGAGGACAUAGGCAUGGAAGUGCCAGAGGCGACAGGGGAACCGAUAAACGAAGAAUUGUUCCACGAAGAGCCGACGAUUGAGUCUGUGGCCAAUGCCAUCGAAGUGUCAGAUGUUGAAGAAGAAGAUGAAGAGUAUGUUAAAGAGUAUGUUGAAGAAGAGGAUACGACAGAUACGGUUGCAGAAGAUCUCGACAAAGCCAAAGAGGCUGAAGAGACGUUCGAAAUCACUGAAAAAGAAGAAGAAGCAGUCUACAGAGGAUGAGGAUGCAGUGGAGACAGGAGAGCAGCAGCUGGAGAAAGAAGAUGAUGAUGAGGAGGACCAAACGCAACCUUCGAAGACACAAUCAAAACUGAAGGGUGUGUCAGCCGGGGCGAAGUCCAAGUCCAGGUUUACUAGAAGCUCAAAAUCCUCAAAUGGCCACCCGGACGAGGAAGAUGAAGAGGAUGUUCAAAUUGCCAAGGCACCUGCUCGGAGAGGCAGGAGUCGUCGGACAGGUAAGAUGGAUACAGAACAGAAUACGGAUGCAAGGCAGAAACGGCGGUCCGCAGAAGCGAAAGAAGUCCUCCUGCCGCUAAAACCUUCGUCUGUGGUCACGACAUCCCCGAUGAAGAAGGCCGGAAAAAGAACGCGCGCAUCACAGAGGGAGAGCCAAGCGGGACCUUCUACUGAGCCUGUUAGUCCAAUACGGAAGAAGAGAGCUGGAGGCAGAAGCCGGUCUAGGCGGGAGGCAGAGCAAGAGCAAGAGCCUGAACGAGAUGCGUCUCCUUCUCCCAAGCCGAAAACGAGGUCAAAACCGAGGGUAACACCAAAACGGGGGAGAGGAUCCAGGGCCGUUGCGGCAAGUUGGUCCGGAGAUGCUCCGGAAGAGGAAGAAGUGGCAGGCGAUGAACUCGCGGAACGAGAGGAUAAUGACGAUGAAGAGCAGGAAGAUGAACAAAAGGAGGAGGAGGAGGAGGCUCAGAGACAGCCGUCGCCUUCCCCGAUACCACAAGCAAAAUCGACAAGAUCAAGCCGUGCUUCGACGCGAUCUAGAGCGUCUGGUCAAGUAUCGACGAAAGCAAACGAGAAAGUCUCGAAGCAAAGCAGACCAGAAGGAAAAGAGAAUGGAGCGUCAACUGCGAAAGCUAAGUUGAAGGAGAGAGCGAAAGAGGGGGCUUCAGCUGAAUCUUCUAAACCCCCGGCCACACGGACACGGACGCGCAGCAGUAGGCGAAAGCAGGAGAAGGAAAUGGAAGUGGAUGGCUUCGAUUCAGAUAUCUAAUCUCUUGGGUGAUUCAUGCAUUUGUUGUUUUUUAUGUGUUACCAUUGGGUGCAUGGGUGGCGUCAUUUAUAGACUAAAUUAUUCGCUGUCGGAAUAACGUAGAAACAGUUUCUCUGCUUUCAACGAUGUAUUCAUCUGAUGCUGUCAUUUUUUGUCACAGUAUUUUGAAGGACUUCGUACAGUAUAUGUUCGAAAAUUUUGAUGUACACUAGUGCAAUGAUGGAUUCUAUGCUC